AUGGAAAGUAAUACUGAAGCAAAUUUUUCCACUCUCCAUCGACGAGAAGUCUUCUAUGUGGGUGGCGAAUAUGUGCCAGAUGAUGCUGGAAACCAUACGCGGCAAGGACAAAUGUAUGUUGAGAGACUUAUUCCAGCAGAAUCAGAUAGUAGUCCAAGCAGACCUUUCCCUAUAAUUUUUAUCCACGGCGCAACAAGAUCCGGCGCGGACUGGCUUACAAAACCCGACGGACAACCAGGCUGGGCCUCGUACUUCCUAUCCCAAGGCUUCGAGUGCUACCUCGUCGACCUACCCUUCUGCGGCAGAAGCCCCUGGCAUCCCAGUAACGGAGCCAUGCUCGCCCACCCAGCCGAAGCUAUCCAGACCAUGUUCACAGCAAGCCGGGAUCUCGGGACAUGGCCCCAAGCCAAGCUUCAUACGCAAUGGCCUAGCACCGGUCGAAUCGGCGAUCCCAUCUUCGACCAGUUCUUCGCCUCGGCACAGCCCAUCCUAAGCGACCCCGUGGCGCGGGAAAAGGCAUCGCAGAAAGCCUGCGCCGCGCUCCUGGACCGCAUCGGUAAACCUGCUAUUCUCAUCGGACACUCGGCCGGGAGCUCCAUGCUGUGGCUAGUCGCGGACGUCCGGCCGGCCGCGGUCAAGAUGAUCGUUGCGCUCGAGCCUACCGGCCCGCCGUUCUACAAAGUCGGUAUUGCGUCCGGGUCUAGCGCCCCCUACGGCAUCGCCAACGCGCCGUUAACUUACGCGCCGCCCGUCGCCGAUCCAGAUGCCGACUUCACGAGGGUUCUUGUCCCAGCGCCGGGUCCGGGGAUGAUGGAUUGCAUGGGACAGGCAGAGGGGGAAGGGGAGAUGAGGCCUCGGCAGCUGGUUAAUCUGACGCACGCGAGGGUCCUCGUUGUCACGGCGCAGGCGUCGUAUCAUGCGCAGUAUGACUGGGGGACCGUGCGGUACUUGCGGCAGGCGGGAGUUGGGAGGGUGGAGCACUGGAGGUUGGAGGAGAGGGGGGUUUGUGGGAAUGGGCAUAUGAUGUUUAUGGAGAGGAAUAGCGAUGCGGUGGCUGCGGAGGUGGUGAGGUGGAUUGAGAAGGAUCAGGCAGUGGAGGCAGUGGUGUGA